AUAAGACAUAUAUCAAAAUCAUAUCACAAUACCACAUAACUAAAAGUAGCUUUAUGAAAAAUAUGAAAUCAAUGGUAGGAUUCGACUCACCAUCGUUUUCUCACGACAUUGCGUAAUGUUCGCUGAGGAAGGUGUCACGAAAUUACAUAUGCAAGUAAAUCCUAAUGGUUGGGCACUUUACGAAGGUUCAUCCACACGUAAUAGUGAUCGGCCAGUUUAUACCGCUCAGAGGGAUGACGAUGGUGUUGUAUUUUUAAAUAACAACAUGGAGACGAUAGGGAGGUCUAAUAUACCAAAAGCAACCGCUUGGAGAGAUAAGAAUAUUAAUCUUACACUUAAUGAUCGUUCAUACGAGCUAUGUAAGCCAAGUUGGUGGCGUACGUGCCGUAGGUUCGUCAGUUAUGAAGGUAUCCAGUGCGCAUCUAUCAGAGUUGUUAAAGGAUUCUUGCAGAUUGUUAACACAGAUAAUAAUCACGUAUUGGCUACGUUUACAUACUCUCAAUGGUCAAAGAGAAAGCUAGGUGUGAUAAGACAUUAUUCUACAGAAAACCCGAGUGAUAAUGAUAGACAGCUGUUUACUAUCAUCCUUUCAAUAGUUGCUAAAGUUGACAGUCAGCGUCAGCUUUAAAGUUAUAUCAGACUGUAUGAAUGAAUAUAUUAUAGAUUUGAAGAAAUUU